GAUUUAUAAAUACGUUUCUUAUCAUGCAUUUUUAUGCUUUAUGCUUUUUAGAUGGACUCACGUAAACAAUGCAAUUCACUGAUCUCGGGUGCGCCAACACGCGCCAACGAGAAGGGUAUGUGUCCCACGUGCAAUCGGCAAUUCGGCAUCAAGGCCUACGAUCGUCACGUGGCCUGGUGCAAGGACAGAGUCACCCGGGUACCAAUAAGCCCGGCGACUAAUCUGGCGAAGGAACGAUUAGAGGCGCGCAUGAGGUACAGGGCACCGGCCCUUAAGAAUCGACGAGCCAUCAAUCGUGAAAAAUACAGUCCUGGUUCAGCAAGCCAAGCUGUCAAAACCUCAUUGUCAUCGCCAGCGCUCGUUAAACCAAAGGAGAACGUCUCGAUUGUGGAUAGUAAUCGAGAAAGUCCGGCCAAGCAAAAACCUGGCGUUGUGAGGCGGUCUCGACAACCCAAGGAAUCUCCUAUCUCAUCCGGACCUAUAAAGUCGCGCCUUGUCGAUCGUAUGAACAGCUGCUUCCAUCUCCUCAGGCCAGCAGAAGAUUAUGAUUCUGUACUGACAUCAACGUCCUGCCGCUUCCAUCUCGCGCUAUCCUCUCGUCGUCCUCUUCAUUUUCCCGUACCUCCUGCAAAAUCUAGGAUCACCGAUCAUUCGCUCUUUAAUGAGAUGGCAUCGCCAGUCCCGUCAUCCAGGAAGCAAUAUGACCGAAACGAAACAAUUUCCCAGCGUACUCAAAACAACGAUGCAAAACAACGAGAAGCCUGUUCCGCCAGAAUGCAAAAGAAUAUGGUUUCUAUCAGGAGUCAAGGCUGUCCGAGAGUCAAUGAUAUCGCCGUGAGUGAUAAGACCCUGGGAGUGACUGUGCAGCCUUGCAGAAUACACAAAAUGCAAAAGGACGAUCGAUUAGUGACGUGGAAACAAAUUGGCUGCAAGAAAGAUAAUCAAGCUGACGAGCCUGUUGCUGAUAAUUUCUCGCGGGAAUUCCAGCUGCUCGAUCUCGAUCGACAAUGUGAUCGAGAGAAACAUAAUAUAAGCGGAAAUGUAACAGAAACAGACUCGUUCGUCUCAGAGAGCGACAUUACUCGAAAUAACGAAUUGAAUGGUGAAGUUGAUAAGAUUGAGAAUAUCACAUGGCUGGACGAUAUUCAGAAUCUGAAUCAGACGUACUUGAUAAAAGACUCGGAGGAUAUCGAAUCGCCGGAAAUUUUCCAUAGUAAGUGGAAGCCAAUUAAACACAGUCCUCGCGUGGAAUUUUAUUUGAAAGAUAAAGAAGACGAAAUUUGCGAUUUUGACCAAGAGAAAUUGGAAAGGGAAGUUGUAAUAAACAACGAAGAAGUUAAGAUCGAACAAGAAGAAUUAAAAGAGAAUAAUAAAGAAGAUAAGAAAAGCGGCGAGAUUAUAGUGAUGGAUUACAAAGCGAAGGAACCAAAAAUAAAUUAUGAAAAUAUCGAAGAUAAUCGAAAAACAAACAUUGAAGACACCGAAGUGAUACAACGCGAAAUGAAGGAAAUAAGUAUAAAUAAGUAUAGAAACGAAGAGAAUAAACGAAAAGCAAGUUGUGACGACACUAAAAUUAUAGAAUGCAACGUUGAGAAAAUGCAAAUAAAUACUGAAAAUAAAAGAGAUACUGAGAUGAAUGGUGCAGAUGUUGCAGACUCGGAUAAACUAAAUAUUAAUAAAGAAAAUAAAGAUCGAGAGAUAGCAAUGAAUAAGAGAAUUAUUGCAAGUACUAAAUAUAAAGAAUACGAAGACAUUCAACAAAAUUUAUCUGAACCUGAUGAACCAAUUAAAUCUUUUUUGUUCGACGUCAUGUAUCCAACUGCACAUAAUGUAUCGAAGAAAUAUAAAAAAUCUUAUUUUAAAGAUUUAAAGAUGGAUCCCACUCGCAAUAAUAAUUACUUUAUGUCAGAUAGGUCUUCUUACUUAAAGCAUCAAGAUCGAACACUUUAUUUUAAUGACAAAGAUAGUGCAAUAUUUUCAGACAGUUUUAUUGAUUAUAAUCAGGAUUAUCUGAAUUCUAAGAAAAUACCCAAAUGUAAAAGUGAUAUAUGCUACAACGAUUCAUUUGAAUUAAAAGAAAGUAUAGUAUAUUUUACGUGUAAUCAAUCUAACACAAAUAAUAUAUCAGUAAAUAAUAACAAUAAUCAAGAUUGUAAAUUGAGUUCUAAAAAUGAAAUACUAUGUCAAAAUAAUACCCAUUGCAAUUCACUAAAUCUAAUAGAAAAUAUCAAAGAAACAUCAUUUCCUGCAUCUUGUCGAUUUGUCAAUUCAAUAAAAGAUUGUAUAAGAAAUCCUGAAGAAACUGACAUAGAUAAAGAAAGAUACGAGAAUGAUUCGAUCAGUACUCCUAAUAAAAAGCCUGAAAGAAAUUCGAGGAGAUUAAAUUCUGCAGCACACUUAUUUUCAGAGAUUUUAGAGCCUGCUGCUCAUAAUUAUUUAAAUGCAUCUACAAGCGAUUUACCUUUGCAUAUGAAAGACAAUAAACAAUUUCAAGAAGAAGGCUACACUUUUGACAAUUUAGAAAAUCUCGAGAAUAAAGAGGGAAAAGCAGGUUUCAACGUGUAUUCGGGUAGCUGUUGUUUGAACGAUAAAUCAUCGAGAUUCCUCAGCCGUUCAAUCAUUAAAACGGAAAUUACGACAGGUGAAGGUUUGCGCCAGAAGAACGUGGAUAAUGAAUUUGAUUACGACAGCGAUAACACCGCGCCUGUCGGAGAACGAUGUGAUGCGCGAGACGUUAAUGAUUUAGGGUCAUCAAUCACAUUGAUGGACAACGCGGAGGAGGAGCCACCGCAACGUGGCGGUGACAAAAUUUUCCUGAAUGCGAGCAUGAAUUUUCCAAGAUGUGCUCCUGACAUAGAUAGAAGAGCUGCACGAGAGCGGUCGGUGAAUCCUGUGGCAAUGAAGCACAGGAUUAGGGAAAGUAUGAAUCUCCUUCGUGGCAGCACCGAUUCUCUGAUAUCUUCGAUCGAAUUCGUCGAGCUCGCGAGCAUCGGACAGCCUGAAACGAGUUGCUCUUACGAGCGAGAAAGAACCAUAGAAAUAAUCAGACCGAACGCACGAAGUAGAGGGUCUAAGGGUUUACCUAAUAUAAAGGGCAAUUCGGCGGGAACAAAAAAAUAUUCUGAAAGAUCGUAUUGGGAGCGGGUUUCCAAGAUCUCGCGGAACAGACUGAUCGAUCUCGAUCCUGCAUAUCACGCGGAACACAAGCUCGCUAAGAAAAAUCCUAGAAUCCGCAUCCUCCCUCCAGUCCUGAAGCCGUCCUUGAUCAAUCGAAGGAAAAUUGAACCGACGACACGUCCUGCCUGGUGCAAUUAUGUGCGCAGAAGGCCGGACUUUAAUCUCGUGCUUAAGGCUAGAACUGGUACGAGCAAGGACUACGAUCCCUUUCUGCUGGCCGAACAGCAGAUGAAUGACCUGUUGUCAGACACGAGCGAUCAGUCUAUGAUGGGGAGUCCCAAAAUUCAACAGACUCGCGACACCCUUUAUCCUCUCUCACACUCCUCCGCCUUUGUAAAAUAUCCUCCCUCCGACAAAAGGUCGUCCCUUAUAGCACCACCCAGCGAGUUCGACGAUCUCAUGUCAAAUUUCUCGAGCGACUCCACCGAGACCAACUCGAUCUCGCGUGAGAUCUUCCUGCCCGAUCUCACGGAUAAAGACACGACAAAUUCCGCAAAUCCAAAACCUGUCAGGGAAUUAGGCAGACGAGUUAUUAUCGAUAAGUCAAAGGCGCUGGGUGUCGACGAGCGUCGUGGCGUUGUCGCCAGUGCCGACAGACCGCGCAAAAUCUUCGAGAAAGAUCCGUUGAAGAAUGUAAAACCGUUGAUUAAUCGGUCUAGUUCAAUUCGAGCCUCGUCCGCGCCCAGAAUCAACUCGGGUCCUGACAGGAAGAUCUCGGGUGACACGAGGAAGACUCAGGGUUCCAAGAUCCCUGAGGCUCGGAGAUCGUCGGACCAGAAUCUUAAUCAAAGGAACAACAACUAUUCAUCCCUGUCCGGCAGCAACCUCAGUCUCAACUCGAUCGUCUCGUCCUCAGAGCUGGACGUCAAGCGGUCGAACUCGAUGUUCGACGAAUUGCUGACGUCCUUCGAGGAGGACGCGUUCCCCGGGUUGAGAUCCCUCCUUAAUAAUGAGUCCUUUGACCUGUCCAGUCCCGGUGGCGAUAGACAGCGAAAUGGCCUGAUUAGUGAUGAGGAACUGUCCUCGCCCGACAGCUACAAACCGCAGGAUCACAACAAGCUCAGCAACGACUCCGCCUACAGCAGUUUAAAUCGCAAAUAUUCGCACCAUGGACGCAGCGCCAACGACGUGAUCGAUCGCCUUGACGAGGACGUGCCCAGGAACAGGUCAUCGCCAACUCAAACAAUAACCAAGUGCAAGAUGUCCAAGUUCUGCCAUGAGUGCGGCCAGCGAUUUCCGGAAACCGCUAAAUUCUGUUGUGAAUGCGGCGUCAGAAGACUUGCGUUGUGAAACGUGACAUCGUAUUCUCCAAGAGCGUCAUCGCCAUCGUAUUGUAUUUUGAUAUUCGAAACCGAAACAAAGAAGAAAAUAUUACCGCAAAAAGAUAUUCUAUGGACAAAAGUUUAUAUUUAUUAAAGAAUACACUGUAACUUUUUUUAUUUUAAGAAGAUUUUUCGUAGGCCAAGAAUGUUACGGAGAUGUUCUCCGAGGAGAAGUGUACACUUUAGUUUGCGAUUUCGAAAGCAUUAGCGAGAUUACAAGUCCAUUCUGAAAAUAUUCUCCGAUAAAGAGACGACGAUUUAACUGCCUUAUCCACGAUAAUGUAGAACGCUAUACAAUUUAGGCGGCUUUUAUAAAAUCUCAGAGUUUCGAGAAUAACUUUUACGAAUUUUGCGAGGUAGCAUUUUUAUACCGUUGGAGAAGAAUUUUUUUAAUAUACUUUAGUUCGCUUUGUAGACAACGCGUCGAUUUGUUCGCUAUAUUUGAGUAGUCUAGUGAUAUGUUUGAUAAGCGUCUUUUUUUUGUCACAAACAUACAUACGUACACCGAGAGUCGUUGAGCAGAAUCCGUCCUCUUUUCUACAAAUUCACAAGUGCGACUUUUUGAUAAGCUUUUUAUACGAUAUAGAGAAGAAUGAGAAUACAAAUAUAUUUCCUGUUAAAAAUAAAAGAAUCUAGGAGGAUAUAAUGUAUCUCAUAAAAGUGUGUGAAUGAAGAAACGGUCUUCAAAAUUGUUAUAUAUUUAGUUUAAUCCAUUUUAGUUCCAGAGGCGAAUCAAAUAAAGGAAGACCUUCCUUUAUAUGGAAUUAAAAUAUUGAAGUGAAAUUUCUUUGUGUUUUAUAUUCAAUAUUUAAUUAUAUCCUUCGUUAAAUAACUUAGAAGUUAAGACAACGUCUCCUGAUUUCAAAUUUUAGGCGUUUAAUUCCGUGAAAACGGAUUUCUAUCGAUGCUUAAUUUCCCUAGUCUUCACAAGACUCUCAUGUCGUGUAUGUAACAAAGUUAAUCGUAAAAUAGUAUUAGGAAAUAGCUAGCGAUUUGAAUCUGAUAUAAGCAUCAGCGUUCGCUCAAUUAACGUCGUUAACGAGCAGAAAUAACGAAGCGUAAAGUGUCAACCGUAAUGCGAUAAGAUAAAACGUAUUAACUUUAACAAAGACUUCUUAAUUGCGUGCUCCGUGCUGCGUGAAAGGAGGAUUAAUUAUAAAUAAAUUAAAUGUGUGCAAUCAAAUAGAAACGCACAAUCGAUCUAACGUAAUCGAACUUUGCAAAAUGGACCUUCAUAUUUAUUCUUUAAUGCGAUGAGAAAACAUAAUUUAUUACACAUGUGCUAAGAAUUCGACUUAUUGUAUAAAAUGCCUCGGAAAAUAUACGGGAUUUGAUUACGAAACAUAUGUCCCGAGAUAAGUAAAA